AUGGAGGUCAAGGAAUGUCACCAGUGUAGGAGAAGAUUCACACGGGCCUUCAACCUGAGGCGGCACAUCAGAACAACCUGCUCAGUCACACACCCCUUCCGUCCGUAUGAAUGCCCCUUGGGAUGCAGGAAGGAGUUUUAUCGCACAGACACCAAGUACGAUAAGCGCUGCCAUCGUCGACCUGGCAUGUUCAACAGCCGAUACCGUCGGUCUGGUGAAACAAUUGCUGACUAUCUAGCAGCCCUGCGUGCACUCGCCAGUGACUGUAACUACGGACAAAAGCUUGAUGAGAUGCUGAGAGAUCGGCUGGUUUGUGGUAUGCAGGAUGAACAGAUCCAGAAAUCCCUGCUCUCCCAACCUGAGGAUAAACUUGACCUCAAACGGACAAGGCAGCCGCCGAAUUACACCGUUAACCCCGAAUCUUACUCGGAGGAGGAAGCCUCAAUCGCCGAUGAUCAGGAAAUCAAGGACAAGAUCGCUCACGCACCAACACUCAAGUACUUCGACGUCAAGAAACCAAUCACAGUGACAUGCGAUGCCUCAAAGUUUGGCCUUGGUGCAGCUUGCCUGCAAGAGGGCGACCCCAUAGCGUACGCCUCACGCACUAUGACCGACACCGAACAACGGUAUGCACAGAUCGAGAAAGAACUGCUUGCUGUCGUGUUUGCCUGCACCAAGUUCCAUGACUACAUCUACGGUAAAGACAUUAUUGUUGAAACUGAUCACCAGCCAUUAGUCACUUUCGUCAAGAAGCCCCUGCUUAGCGCCCCUGCCCGGCUCCAACGCAUGCUUCUUCGCUUGCAGAAAUACAACAUCACCCUUGUGUACAAAAAAGGGAAAGAACUUUUCAUCGCAGACACUUUGUCACGCGCUCCAUUGACAACCACUGAUAAUGACAACCUCGACCUGGAAGUCAUGACCCUCCUACCAGUCUCCGAUACACGACUUGCACAGCUCAAAGCAGCAACUGCCCGCGAUGCCACCAUGCAACAACUAACUGAUGUCAUCAGUCGUGGAUGGCCUUCACACGUCAACAACGCCCCUCCGGAGGCUCGCCCCUACUUCCCAUUCAGAGAAGAACUGACCCUCGAAUGCGGCAACAUUCUGAAGGGACAAAAGGCCAUAAUUCCCAAGUCGCUUGGUACGGAAUACACUAAACUAUUGCAUGAAGGUCACCCAGGUAUCGAAGCUACCAAACGCAGAGCCAGAGAUAUAGUUUACUGGCCUUCAAUGUGCAUGGAUAUCGAACAGUCUGUCUUGGAAUGCACAGUCUGCAACGCUACCAAAGCACACCAACAGAAAGAACCAUUGAAAAGCUACCCACCACCAAAUCUCCCCUGGGAACAUAUCGGUGUUGACCUUUUCCAAUGGAACGGCAUGGAUUACCUAGCCCUUGGCGACUCAUACUCCGGCUGGUUUGAUUUUGCCUCGCUCGACGACACCUGUGCCUCCACAGUUAUUGAGGUACUAAAGAGACAAUUUUCCAUCCAUGGGAUCCCCGCAUCGUCAUCAGUGACAACGCACGUCAAUUUGAUUGCUUUGCCUUCAAACAGUUUGCACAGUCAUGGGGUUUCCAACAUACAACAAGUAGUCCCUACUACCCUCAGUCCAAUGGACUCGCAGAAAGCUCCGUCAAGCGUGCCAAACUACUCCUGGAAAAGACAAAACGCGAAGGAUCCGACCUUUACCAACUUGCUGAACAUUCGUAACGUCCCAACCGACCCCCAGCUUGGCUCACCUUCCCAACGUCUCAUGUCACGCCGUCUUCGAACAACCGUCCCCACCUCGACGCCCCUCCUCAAACCCAGCGUCAACACACGCGUAACGGCUCAGUUACGUAAGCGCCACCAGCAGCAGAAGCCUUCAUAUGACAAAUCCGCUAAGCCCCUCCGACCACUGAACCCAGGACAAGUUGUCCGCCUCCAAACACCCAAAGGACACGAUCAGCUUGGCAUUGUCAAGAAGCACUCCGGCGACCCCCGGUCCUAUAUCGUCAGUGCCCAAGGCAAGCUAUACCGACGCAACCGGAGACACCUCCUACCCGUCUCCGAACCACCCCCACAGCAACAGCACUUGCCCGACUUCUACGUGCCCCCACAGGAACCGCUCCCUCAACCCGUCAUCGCCCCGUCUCCUGCACCGCAGCCUGCCAUCACCCGCUCCGGUCGCAUUUCCAAGCGGAACCCUAAAUACACUGACAGUUUUGUGAAUUCUAGUUCAGACAAACAGGUUCCAGUCAAGGUGCAAAGCUUCAAUACCAACUCAGAGCAGUUGCAACAAGAAAUCACCAGAGUAACAGAAACAGCAAGGGAACCUAGAUUGAAGUAUGUCAGGGAGGAGCAAGGUGGUAAACAAACCAGGGAAGCCGAGGCGGUUCAGAUGCCAACAGUGUAA